AUGAAGUUCUUUACCUUAGCUCUCGCAACUCUGCUAGCCCAGACGGUCACGAUCGCCCAGAGUUUAUGGUGGAACCAGCAGUCCAGCGGCUUCCGUCUUAUCCUCAAGUCAACCGACAAUGACCUCAAUGAUACCUUCUACCACAACGUAUCCUCCUACAACUACGACAACCAGGGUAUCCUCAACUGGCCCUUGAGUCUUUGGGGUCGCGACGAUCCCGCCUCGUCCGCAAUGCGCUUCCACUACGAAGCUGGAACCAAUCUCGUGGAAAUUAUGCUCGAGCCCUGGACCGACAUAUACCAACUGGUGUGGUUCGAAGAAGACAGCGCUAGCAUGUACAUUGCAAUCGACGAAGAUGAUACUGGCAAGGUCCGUGACUGGGUUGUUCCACCGAAACAGGUCAAGAAUUGGUCGACGUAG